AUGAGCUGGUACGCCAAGCAAGAUCGAUGUGGAGACGGGCCUCGUAACGCCUUGGUGCUUCUGGCAGGCGCCAAUAAAGGCCAGUCCACCAGCAACGUACUUUCUGCAUGCCCCAGAGCUCGAAUGCACAUCUUCGAGAUUGUGCCGAAGCUUUUUGAGCAGCAACAAAAGCGCUUCAAAGAUUCGCCUUGGGUCACUGUGCACAGGAGGGGGUGGUCGGACAAGGUGCAGACUUUUCGCAUCACAGCUCCUGCAGAAGGUGUGGAGUUGGCAGGAUUGUACGAGGCGACGGGUCGCUGGCGGAACGCCCCGCAGCUCGAGGAGACAGUGGAAACGGUCACCUUAGCCGGCCUUCUCCUGGAACUGGGACUUAAGAGCCAGGUGAACUAUGUCCUGAUCGAUGUAGAAGGCAAAGAGCCCAAUGUGAUUCGAGGCAUGGGGCUGGAGACAAACAGGCAGAUGUUUCCACUCUUCCAGUAUGAGCUGGGUGGCACAUGGUCCGACAGUCGGCACGACACGGGCCAGUGGGGGCAAUACGGCAUUGCAAUGUACUUGAAGGCUUUGGGGUAUGCUCUCUACUUGAUGGGGGGCGAUGGGGGGCAGGAUGCGAAGCUUGGUCGUUGA